AUGUCCGCUCAGCCUGUGAUUACAGUCCAGCCCCAGUUUUCGGUUGCCCAGCAGCCAGGGCAUUGGCAGACAGGGAUGAUGGACUGCUGCUCCGACUGCGGUGUCUGUCUGUGUGGGGCCUUCUGCUACCCCUGCCUGAGCUGCCAGGUGGCUGGGGACAUGAAUGAGUGCUUCCUGUGCGGCUCCACUGUGGCCAUGAGGACCCUGUACCGCACCAAAUACAACAUCCCGGGCUCUAUCAUGGGAGACUAUUGUGCCGUCUGGUGGUGCACCCCGUGUGCAGUCUGCCAGCUCAAGAGAGACAUCAACCGGAGGAGGGAGAUGGGCAUAUUCUGGUAA